UCCUCUCUCCGCCGCGGUCUUCAGAGCGCAGGGUCCCAGCGCGGCGGCCGCUCGAAGUCCUCGGGGAAAGCGCGGCACGAGGACCGGCGGGCGAGCGGGACGGGGAGCGGCAGCGGCGGAGGAGCCGGCGGUAGCGGCGCGGGGCGAGCGGAGAGGCCGGAGCGACGCGGCCGAGGCUUCUGCAAACUUGGGCGCGCGCUCCCGCAACUGCGUCCGCGGCCCGAGCGAUGAAGAUGGUCGCGCCCUGGACGCGGUUCUACUCCAACAGCUGCUGCCUGUGCUGCCAUGUCCGCACCGGCACCAUCCUGCUCGGCGUCUGGUACCUGAUCAUCAAUGCUGUGGUGCUUCUGAUUUUAUUGAGUGCCCUGGCUGAUCCAGAUCAGUAUCACUUUUCAAGUUCUGAACUAGGAGGUGACUUUGAGUUCAUGGAUGAUGCCAACAUGUGCAUCGCGAUUGCAGUUUCCCUUCUCAUGAUCCUGAUAUGUGCAAUGGCUACUUAUGGUGCAUAUAAGCAACAUGCUGCCUGGAUCAUCCCCUUCUUCUGUUACCAGAUCUUUGAUUUUGCCCUGAACACCUUGGUGGCAGUCACUGUGCUUGUUUAUCCAAACUCCAUUCAGGAGUACAUACGGCAGCUGCCUCCUAACUUUCCCUAUAGAGAUGAUAUCAUGUCAGUGAAUCCUACCUGUUUGGUCCUUAUCAUACUUUUGUUUAUCAGCUUCAUCUUGGCUUUUAAGGGUUACCUGAUUAGCUGUGUUUGGAACUGCUAUCGAUAUAUCAAUGGCAGAAACUCCUCCGAUGUCCUGGUUUAUGUUACCAGCAAUGACACUACGGUGCUGUUACCCCCGUAUGAUGACACUGCCAUGAAUGGCACCGCUAAAGAGCCGCCGCCGCCUUAUGUGUCCGCCUGAGCCUGGAAGGGAGGCAGAGCUGAGAACAACUGCUUGACUUUUCAGAACAUCUGAGCAAUAGUUCUUUAAUUUCACUUCUGAGAUGAGCUCUCUGAGAUUGUUCUGAAUUGCUGCAGUUUUAUUAAAAGUUGAAUUACCCUCUGUAGUUUUAAACAUACAAUUUAGGUAGAACACUGUGGUAGAUUCACUGUAGGAGUGGGAUAUAAUGGACUUCACUAGCCUUCCUAAACAUUGACACAUCCAAAAAAUAAGAAUGGACCUUGAGUUAAAGAAGUCUGGUUUUAUACCGGGUGGGCCCCCAAAGUUGAAGAAUUAAUCUCUAUUCCUUCUGUCCCUUUUGAAAGCGCAAAAUAAAGGCAAAAUUAGGCAAUGCUUUUCUUAAACCAUUCCAUUGUAGAGAACAAACCCUUAUGAAAACAGGAAUGUUCAUUGUAUAACCAUUGCUUUGAGUAGGUAAAUAGGAAUCCAUAUAUAUAGCAAGAAUUUCCUUAAAAUUCUUUGACUUAGAUUCAAUGACUAAUUUGUUGGUCAAAGAUUUUCUCCUUGGGCUAAAUUAAGACCAUUAGCACCAGGCAAUGGGAGCAGUAAAUAUCUGAUGACUGUUCUUAUAUGUUCUGUGUCUGGGGUCAUGGAUGGUGGGCCUCGUCUAUGUUUAGGGGAUGUGAAUUAAUUUGAUUGGCAACUGCAUGCUUUUUGGUGCUCCCUUUCUCCUGAUUCUCAUCCCUGCCCAGAGCCCCCUUUUACUAAAUACUGCCCUAGCCUGAUCCAGGCAGGACUUCCAACUCACUUUAUCAAGUGGAACUAUCAACAUGUAUUUCCCUAAUAAUAUGAAAAAAAGUUUUCCCCUUUCUCUGGAAAGUACAUCCUACUACUUUGAAUUAAUAUGCCUAGUCAUCCUUUAAAAUGUAAAACAGUCUUCAUAAAACUGAGGAGGGUUGUUUUCCUUAUUGAAUGCUCUUGUCUUGACUACCUGAAUUUCAAGGGGCUUUUAUAUGUUCAUAUCUUCAAAUAUCAGCAACUCUUCUGUUUAUUCAUUAUUGAAUGUGCUGUAAAUGAAGGCUUUUGCAAUUAAAGUGAAAUUUGCCCACAUCUAA